AUGGAAGACCAUCAGCAUCUCUCUACAGAUCAUGAAGAGAUUGAAAAUCAAUCUCGCGCUCCACAGCGUCGCCGCCGCCCGCCCUUGUCUUGUACAGUCUGUCGCAAACGCAAAUUGAAAUGUGACCGAUCUCUGCCCUGCGGGCAAUGCGUGAGAUCGAAAACAACUUCUCACUGCGUUUUUGUCGGCGCCCAGCCCGGUGGUGUAUCGGACUCUUCUCACCAACGUAUGUCACCCCCGCGAUUACCAAAUGGUGGCGUGGAAGAGCAGUCCGGCCGAAAAAGUGGGAUGUUCGUCUUUGACUCGAAAUUGGGGCCAAAUUCGACCUCGAAUCGCAUUUCGAAGCGUGGCCGUUCCGAUGAGUUGCAUGAACUCCGAAGUCGGCUACGUAUUCUGGAGAAUUCGCUUGGCAAGACAUCGCAUCUUCAAACACCUGAGACCUCGAUUUGUGAUGUGGUUUCUGAAGUUGAUACGGCUAAUAGUUCCGAGAACGUCGGCGUGGAUGACCGGGUGCGAUUCUUGCCAGAUUCGAGUUUCCGCGGGAAGAAGGCUAAGACUCGUUAUUUCGGUCGCAGCCAUUAUACCACGACUGUUUCUUUUUUCCAAGAUGUUGGUGCCUUUAUGCGCCGUGGUCGUUGCCGCGGAGAAGGAAAGGAUAAAGAGUACUGUGAUAUGAAAAAGUUCAAGACGGAGCUUUGGUCGCGCGAGACAGAAGAUCAUCAGCGAAAUUUCCGCGAGCAGCCUUUCAAGCUUAAUGAUAUGGUUCCACGGAAAAAUGUUGCAGACCAUCUACUUCAACUCUAUCUUGACACUUUCGAGACGACAUAUCGAAUCUUGCACACGCCGACUUUUUUCAAGCAGUAUGCCGAUUACUGGGCCAACACCCAGCCAAUUGACAUGGCUUUCGUCGCUCAGUUACUCGCCGUGAUGGCUGCUGGCAGUUGUUUUUAUGUCCCACCUCCAGGCCAAGACGACCGAGACAUCUUCCAGAAACCAGCCAUGAAGUGGAUCAUGGCCGUCCAGUCAUAUAUUUCGUGCACGUUUGUGAGCCCGGAUAUUGACUUCCGAAUGCUCCAGACCCAAUCUCUUCUUCUAGUAGCUCGGCUUGGAGUCGCCAGUGACGGGGAUGUUGCCUGGGCCUCUGCCGGGUCGCUCAUUCGGUCUGCGACGACAAUGGGUUUGCAUCGCGACCCGACUCGCUUCCGCAAGGCUCGACCAUUUCACUCUGAACUACGCCGUCGCCUUUGGGCAACUAUAGUCGAACUGGACCUCAAGAUCUCACUCGACCGCGGUGUUCCGCCAUCAGUUGACCUAGACGAAUGCGACUGUGAUCCACCGUCCAACUGGGACGACGCAGACUUGACACAGGACAUGGAGAAUGAUCCUGCUCCACUCAGCACUGCCCUUUAUACCCAAAACUUCUAUCAAACUCUCCUCACCAAGACUCUCCCACUACGUUAUCGAAUUGCCAAAAAAAUCAACAGUCUUCGAUUUAAUCUAUCUUACGACGACGCCCUACGAAUGGGCGAGGAACUAUCCCGUAACAUGCAACAUGCAUCCUCCUUAUUUGAGGACAACGCCCUGAGCAUCACUCCGGGAGAACCAGGACGCCACCGUUUCGCUCAAUCCCUUUACCUCUUUAUAAUGCAGGACACUUUCUACCCGAACAUCACCCAGCUGGGCAGCGGGAUGUUCCGCGAUGAAACCUUCCACGCCGCAAUCACCGCCUGCGUGGAGCUAUCCCUCCAAGCCAAUGAAAUGAGUACGUCUGCUUCCGCCGGGAUGGUUGGCGUCAACUCUAGCGUGCUCAUGAGCAUGAUCCAGUCCCAGCAAGGCGUGAUGUUGCAGGCCGUCGAGCGUACCGCCGAUAAUUUUGGAAGACGCAUUGGUCCCGGUGGGAAAGGAUGCAAGCCUUUCUUCUUUUUGGAUAUCAUCCUUGCUUCGGUCAAAUCCCGCAUCAAGGGCGAGGAUCCUCUGUGUAAUGUCGAUACGUCUUCAAAGCGGUGCGUUCGCAUUUGCAGGGCAAUCUUGAAUGGCCUUACAUACGAUGAGGCGAAGAUGAGUGUUGAUAGUCGCCCGGUUCAGGUUGGUACCUCCGCUUACACCUGUGUGUCUACCAUACCUAACGUUCCCGUUCAGGCUUCCAUUCCUUCUGGGACGACCCCGACUUCUGCUACACCGAGUGAUAUAGAUCCUGCGUCGCUUCUGUCGAAUGAUUUUAGUGAUUCUACUCCAAUGGAUUUCGGUGGCUGGUUUGACGGAUUGGAUUACACUGGACCAGAGUUCUGGGAUUGGGACACCGAAUUGUCUGCCAAUUUUCCGACAUUCUCAUGA